CGCACACAGACAGCUGUUUAUUUUACUGCAGAGCUAGAGAGAAACUGGAGAAUCGUCCACGUCUCCAUCGGAAUGAAGCUGCUCCCAGCCCGGGUAUUGUUGUGGAAAUUCGAUACAUUGUUCUUGUUCUAAAUUACAUUUUUAAUUCCAUAAAUCAACAUCAACUAUUUAGACUAAAUCUGUCACCAUCACACACCUGAACAGUGAAUAACACUUUAUAUAUUAUGUUGGAGGGCAGUAAAUGACCUGAAAUCACUUUUUAGUCCUUUAACUUGUAUUAUCACCUGCUCUGUAAACUGAACUGUAAUCACACACCCAGGAGGAUCCUGCAAGCUCUUGUAGGCUAUUAACAGAGCAGGAGAUAAGAAAUUCUAAAUUAAACACAAUGUGCAGUUAAUUAAGUAUCCACAUUAGAUGACACUUUACAGGAAGUGUUUAGGAAUGCUGUGCAAGACACAUGCAGGGAGGUGUGACCCUUGGCAAGCAAUUCUUGGGCCCUUGACCCCCCUCCCCCCCCCCCACUCCCUAACAUGCAGUCACGUCCUCCACCCCAGUGCAGUGGCAGAACUAUAGUAGAGAGGGCCCUGGUGCAAGACAUUUUGGGCCCUGCAAUUGCAAAGGUGGCCAAGAGGUAGAUCCCCAUCUGUUGUGCAACGAAAGAAAUGCUUUGAUAGCUGGGACCCUACCAUUUCCCCACACACUGGGAUAAACACACUGCUAUACAGACACACACUGACUACAUACAAAUAUACACACUGAAAAAUACACGCACAGAUACACACACUGAAAACAUACAGAUACACAGACACAUAUACUGACAAAGAUACCAACACAUACAAACACAUAUACUGACACACAUAUAGACACAUACACUGACAGACAGACUGACACACACACGCACAGAUAGACAUACUGACACACAUGCACAGACAGACAUAUUGACACACACAGACACAUACACUGACAGAGAUAUUGACAAACACAGACAGACACACACAGUGACAAACAUACUGACAGAUAUGCAAAACUGACACUUUGAUAGCCAACCCCCAGUUUCUUACCUUUUGCAAACCAUAACUUUAUUAGCUCUAUCUUAAAAUGAGUUAGCUGCCAAGUAAAAAAGUUCAGAACAACAAUUCCAUGAUAAGGACCACACACAGCUUAAAUGGUGAUUUCCCACAGCUAUAUCAAUCUUGAGAUAUGACCUCCUGCAACAAAUUAUCAAAAUGAGAAAAUACUGUGAUAACUAGCUAGGACACAGUUACUAACUAAAGAAAAACUAUUGCUGUGCAACUCCCAGAGACCUUUAGAGAGCACAAUAAAUAUAAAAAGUAGCUAAAAUGGUGUAAUGUAUAAGAACAGAGAAUACCCCUAAAUAGAUAUAUAAAAUUGGUGAAAGUAAUAAAACAGCCUAUCGUUCCUUCAAGGGUACAAAUUAACUAAAUACUGAGCCAAAUAAGAAGCUCUCUAUUACUAAAUACCCCAUGUCUCAGCAGAAAAAGGAAAAAGCUGUGAGAUUAUAAAAUUCAGGGCAUGAGUUUUAUCUUCAAAUGAACGGCAUAGCAAUGGGGACCAAGUUUGCACCCAGUUAUGCCAGCCUUUUCAUGGCUUAUUGGGAAAGGUUUUCUUAUUUAUUCAGAGCACGAGUUGAGUGCAACUUUGGCCCUAUACAAAAGAUAGAUCAGUGGCAUAUUUUUUAUUUGGAGAGGAGGAAGUUAUUUUCUGAACCAAUUUAUUGAAGGUAACCUUUACACAAAGACCCAUUUUAAAAUAGUAGAUACCGUCAGUUUUAGAAACAUUUUAUAAAGUUGAGAUUAUAGUCCAUGGCUUGAUAAAAUUCAAAAAGGGCAGUUUCUGCAGUUCGGGAGAAAUUGUAAGGAAGAUGAUACAUUUAGGCAACAAUCAGAAAUUUUGAAGGAACAAUUUUACCAUAAAGGUUAUAGGAAAAAACAAGUGGAAUCACAAUUUCAAGUUGUCCAACAAAUGUAAAGAAAGGAUAUGCUAAAUAUAAGGAGAGAGGGAAUUCCAGAAAGAAUAUCUCUGGAAUAACUGGUAGGAAGUCCCUCUAUCCACCAAAUAGGUAUAUGUGAAUUGAAUUAAAAUAUAACUUUUAUUAUUCAUAGAAUAAAAAUUAAAAUAUAGAGACCAAAAGUAAAGAUAGAAAAUAAAAAAUAAAAAUAAUCAAUAAACAGACAGGCAUGCAAGUAUAUCCACUAGUAGUACCAUGUGGGUAUAUGAAUUGCCUACUAAUUUAUGAGGCAAUAUAAUGUCAACUAAUGGAUACAAAAAAAUCUCCACUCAAAGGAACAAAAUUGGUAAUGGAGUAACAAGCUUAUAAUAUUGAGUCACUCUAAAGGCAACUACUAUAUACAAAAUAUCCUAAUGAUCUAGUAUUGUGCACAUAAAAUGUUGCAAAAUGUAUCUCAUGCUCAAGAUUUGAACAUGGGCUAUCUGAAUCAAAAGAAGCCCAAAGUUAUAUAGGAGAGACCAUAGGAUAUCUCUAUAAAUAAGAGAGAGAGGCUACCCUUAGCAUAUUGUGUAAAGUCAGGACAACCCCUCCCCUGAUAAGCGAACUCCUUGUUCCCAAUAACGCCCCCCAAAUUCCCAACAAGAAAGUAAAUAGAUCCGAUCAAAUAACUAGAAUUUGAAGAGCGGUCUGGAUAUACUAGCUGCCUGUCUGCUAAAGCGCCUUCAUCGUGUUAGGUAGCUUAGGUAUUGCAGACAGGCAAUAUAUAUACUAUAUAUAUAUACAUGCGGCGUGUGUUUGUGCUUUAGGGUGCACACCCUAAUGCAAUAGGCUGCGCACGCCUAUGUAUGUACAGCAUGUAUAGCUUGGAGGAAAGACGAGACAGGGGGGAUAUGAUAGAAACAUUUAAAUAUAUAAAGGGAAUCAACACAGUAAAGGAGGAGACUAUAUUUAAAAGAAGAAAAACUACCACAACAAGAGGACAUAGUCUUAAAUUAGAGGGACAAAGGUUUAAAAAUAAUAUCAGGAAGUAUUACUUUACUGAGAGGGUAGUGGAUGCUUGGAAUAGCCUUCCAGCUGAAGUGGUAGAGGUUAACACAGUAAAGGAGUUUAAGCAUGCGUGGGAUAGGCAUAAGGCUAUCCUAACUAUAAGAUAAGACUAGGGACUAAUGAAAGUAUUUAGAAAAUUGGGCAGACUAGAUGGGCCGAAUGGUUCUUAUCUGCCGUCACAUUCUAUGUUUCUAUGAUAUAACAUUGAAAAUCACACAUAAUUUAUGAUAAAAGUAAGCUCUUUAAACUUUAUAUUAAAGGGUUAACAAAUGACACCAUAGUCCAGCUCCGCCCUGGCACUGCGUUGGAGGAGGGGAAUCAGAAACAGGGGGUUGUGUAUAAAACUGUCUGUAAUAAAAGAGGAGCUAAGAAUAAAAGAGGGCAAAGUCACCAAUGCCACCACUGGUUUCCGUGGUAACUGCCUCACUUUUAGAACUUUCUCCUCCUGUCUGUGCUGACUGUGUGUGUGAAGAGCGUAUAACAAUGACUGACCAGGAGCUAAGAUGGAGGCGCCCAGUUAUGGGAUAAAGGUGUGGGAUUCUACAUUAAAUGUAAUUAAUCACAGCUCACACACAUGUAUUUAUUAAUUACAGGGCUAACAGGACAUUACAGAUCCGUGGAAGCGAGUGAUUCCUGAGCUGCAGCGGGCUCUGGGAAUAAACACAGAUAGUGCAGCUUUAUCACACGUUCCAACAAGCUGGUUUCUGUUCCAGCAAGUGCCAGGAGCUCGCAGUCCUCACCGAUUGAUCCCGAGCGGUGUGGAGCCCCAGCCAAUCAUCGUAAUCCUGUGUACAGUAAAACCCUAGUGCAGGAUUUGGAUCUCAUUCACUUCCAGGAGCUGGGACUGGGAGCCAGCUCUGCAGUCAGGAUAUUGGUGUGGGGCCUGUGCUGAGGUAUGCGAGCUAUAUUCCUCCUCUCCCUUCAAGCAAACUAGGCGCCUGGAGGCCCAAAACCUGGACAAAGAUAUGGAGUCUCCACCUGCGCUGGUUAGAAACACAGCAGAUUAAUAAAUCACUCCCUACUGGUAAGUAACUACGUGAGAAUAUCUUACAAUGUAUCCUGCAACUUUAUCUGCAAUGGGCUGCAUUUGAAAAAUACAUACUACAGCUAAAAUCAUUGCUAUCCUGCCCCGUGCAUUCAAGAUGUUUACAUAUAAAUUAAAAAUAUUUAUACAGCACCAACAUAGUCCACAGCGCUGUACAGAAGGUAAACAAAACAUUUACCUUCUAAGACAACAUGUUUGAUAUACGGGAGCAAUAGCCGACCAGGGCACUGCCCAAACCAUCUUACAAUCUAAACGUUGAUAUAAUUUGUAUACAGGGUUAGUUUGACACUUUGUUCAUAAAAUAUGGAAUUGUGGUGAAUGAAAAUCAAAUAACUCAGCCGGUUUGGAAAAAUUGUCCAUCUCUUCCAGUUAAACACAAUUCAUUAUUUAGUAAAUAAACCUUAACGUCCUGCUUAUGUUAUAAAGAAUCAAUAGGAAUUAAGGGUUCCUUAUUAGAAGAACCAAAGAGGGAGAGAGGGGGAAAUUGAGAUCUGGCAGCCGUUCGGACAGGACACUUUAGUAAAUCUAAUUAAAGUCAUGGUUUCCGCACCACCCAGUAAUGUCCUAAUCUGGCACUGGCCAAUGUUUGCAAAAGGGAAGAUAAAGUUAAUCCAACGUGAGAAUUUGUUGUAUCUGUUAUUGUACAAUCGUAACCCCUAGGGUGACAAAGGUGUGUAGUUCUGUCUAUAUUAUUUACUGCCCUCGCUGGUAACACAUAUCUGAUAAAACACCGCAGGCUUCCGCUUUUAUUUAAUUAAUUUUUUAAAAGGAAAGUCAAACCCUAAAUAUUAUUCUGUUUUCGUAAAACAAAUCCAUUUUGUAGCUCUAAUUCUUUUUUUUUUUUUUUUAAUGCUUUAUUUUUCUUGUGCAUGAAAAGACAGUGAACAUUUUCUUGCGAUGCCACAACAGCAAUAGCAAGUUGGGUAGUAGCAUUGAACUUGGUAUGGCAUACAAUAAAACAGCACUUUUUUAUAUUAAAGACAGGCGAAAGCUGAAACGUUAUGUCACAUGAAUAGAUAUAAUUUUAUGCUAAAGUUUCUAAUAAUUCAAACAUAUGCUUCUGUAAGGUAAGUAUAAACGUAUGCAUCUGUAAGGUAAGUAUUUGCAUCUAUGUGGCUGAGCAUUGCUUGCCCCAAGGGUGUUUCCUGCAGCGCUUAAUGAUUACAGUGUGUUACAAGGUGGGAUACAGAUAUGGUAUUUUGAAUCUGUGCUAAUACAAUUGGGGUGGUUGCAUAAUGUAAGGGAUGUCAUUAGGCUCUUUAAUGAGGGUCGCUAGGGGUGCGGACCACAAUGAUCUCAUACAGUGACGGUCUUUGGUCAAUUAAGGAGACCUGCUUAGGGUGACCGAGGUAGCCCGUUAAGUGUGGUGGGUAGGGAUCUUUAGGACAGGCUCACUAUAGUGUUAGCAGGCUUUUGUGUAUCCCCCUAUUAGGCCGUUUCUCUGGGUAAUCGCGCCUAUGUGUGAGACAUACGAGCAGGGCAUAUAACAGGCAAUGAGGGUUGAACUACAAUUAGGUCACAAUGAUCAUGUACCAACUAAUGCACGUUAACAUUGGCAAAAGUCUCCCCUUGCCAGAUACAAGAGAGUUCAGUGAUGUAAGGGUUACCAACCCGGCAGGUAUCAGGGUAUGCCGGCAGCAGCUGAGACAGCCGUGGAGUGUGCCCACAUGGGGUGGUUCAAGGUCUGUCAGCUGUGGGGCAGGGUGAGAGGCCUUUCAGCCGAUGCCCAGUGUGGGAAUGUCUCUGUAGCCGGUACAACUGGUCCCGUCGGUGAAGUGCCUGGGCCCGGUUCCAGCUCUUACAGUUGUCAGCGGGGUUAUGUCUUGUGCGGCCUCAUGGCGUGCAGCAUGAUCCUGGAGCUGGUGCUUCGUGCCGUGCUGGUCAGACGGGCUUGGGUUUGGUGAGUUGCAAGCAGGCAGGAUCUGCUUGUUGUGCUUGUGGAUCGAUGUCCUCUCCCCCAUGGGCCGCGGAGGGGCAUACCGUCCAUGUCCCUUUCCGGCAUCCAGCCUCUCUGCCUCCCGAACUGCGGUGCGGCCGGUAUUGUGAGUGUCAUAUCGAGGGGUUGCGCCCUGCUGGGUGAUGGCAGUUGGGGCCGCUGAGGUGUAGGCGGGUUUGGCAUAUUUGCAGGAUCCCCUCCGAGGCGUGGGAGCACCAGUGCUGGUGCCUAGGAUACUUGGCGUUGUUUCCCUCUGUGCUGGUCUCCGGCUCCGCUGGUGGGCCACUCUGGGGACACGAGGGGGAUUCCAGCCUAAGUGGCGCCGGAUUGCUGGGCGGAUCCACGCCGCCACCUCUUUGAUCGCCCUCAUGUAGGGCCGUCUCUGAGCCUGGAGCUUUAUCCAAAGGCUGGCGCAGAUCUGGUCGAAGAACUCCCGUGAGUGCUUGGGAGGUUUGAUUAGAGUACGUUUAGUGGUAGGCUGUGUCAGUGCCGCCAUCUUGUGUGGGCCUGGAUAUGCCUGUGUUGCUUUGGGUGUAGUCGCUUGGUCAGACGUUGGUGUGGGGGUGAUCGUCCCCAGCGAGGACCGGGAUAUCCCCCGCCGGUCCAGAGGGGGGGGUAACAGGGUUGUGCUGAUUUCACGCAUGCGAGCGGGUCUUGUGUCGGGAGAUCGGCCGCCUCCCCCAGACCUCAGGCUCCGCUCCGUUGUAGGCCGCAUAGUCGAUAUAGGGCGUUUCGCCACGCAUCGGUGCCGGACCGGUACCGUUCUGUUACUCAUGGUAUCUUGAGUGGAUCCCUGGUCACCGUGAGUUGCUAGCGUUUGAGGAUAGCUAUGUGGUAGCUUGUUUGUGCUCUGUAAUGCAGGAGCUCUUAGAGUGUGCGACCGGCCAUUUUGGUUGCCAGGCCCCGCCCCCCAGCUCUAAUUCUUUUUAAUGCAUUGUAUAGAGUUUCUAUGUACCCUGCACUCUACAGAUGUUUGUAGAUUUCAUUACCAGUGAUCCACAGGGAGAGUGGAAUGAUCACUGAGAGUUAUGGGACAUACAGGAAACAGCCGUCUGCAGCACCAAGACUGCUCACGGAUGUCACAUUUUGUGCGCAUGGCAGAUAAACAAUGGGUUAAUGUAUGCGACAUUGCAAACACAAUCUUGCACAUCCAUGUAAGAAAACCCCCCGAUUCCAGGGUAAGGGGGUCAUUCGCCAAACCGGGUCAGAGCAGGACAUGCUGCAAUUACAGUAAAUUAAUAUUAACAGUUUCAUAAAAGUAGGAUAAAAAAUUCACUUUCUUAUUGUUAAUAAACUGUUAAAAUUCUUCCUGUGAUAGAAUUGCAUUUUGUCGGUAAUUGUUUAUUUAACAAAGAAAUGUUUAAAACAAGUGUAUUAAUAAACCGGAUUACAAUGUAUAAUAAAUAAAUCUCCAUCUUAAAAACACCUGGGGGGAUUUUCUACAUGUCAUCUGUACCCAUUACACUGCCAGUCAGCAUGAGACUUACUACCUUUUCUAUAUCACUGUUACUGCUCCCACUGGAAGGCUAUUCCAGGUAUCUACUACCCUUUCUAUAUCACUGUUACUGCUCCCACUGGAAGGCUAUUCCAGGUAUGUACUACCCUUUCUAUAUCACUGUUACUGCUCCCUCUGGAAGGCUAUUCCAGGUAUCUACUACCCUUUCUAUAUCACUGUUACUGCUCCCACUGGAAGGCUAUUCCAGGUAUCUACUACCCUUUCUAUAUCACUGUUACUGCUCCCACUGGAAGGCUAUUCCAGGUAUCUACUACCCUUUCUAUAUCACUGUUACUGCUCCCACUGGAAGGCUAUUCCAGGUAUCUACUACCCUUUCUAUAUCACUGUUACUGCUCCCACUGGAAGGCUAUUCCAGGUAUCUACUACCCUUUCUAUAUCACUGUUACUGCUCCCACUGGGAGGCUAUUCCAGGUACCUACUACCCUUUCUAUAUCACUCUUACUGCUCCCACUGGAAGGCUAUUCCAGGUAUCUACUACCCUUUCUAUAUCACUGUUACUGCUCCCACUGGAAGGCUAUUCCAGGUAUCUACUACCCUUUCUAUAUCACUGUUACUGCUCCCACUGGGAGGCUAUUCCAGGUACCUACUACCCUUUCUAUAUCACUCUUACUGCUCCCACUGGAAGGCUAUUCCAGGUAUCUACUACCCUUUCUACACCACUGUUACUGCUCCCACUGGAAGGCUAUUCCAGGUAUUUUCUACCAAAUGUAGAUAUGGGGGCUGGUCCCUCAAUGUGUAGUUUGAUAUAUAAAAGAUAAAAAUGUCCAACAACAGUGCUCACUGUAAUUAAUAUAUUGAUGGUUAUACGAGUAAGAAUAUUCUAGUCACAUGUAGUGGAGCAGUAGAUCUUGCUCAGAUGGUAGCGCUUGGGUGGUAUAAUCCCGACCAGGGAUAUGAUGUUAAGUAGAUUCUCCAAGGAGUGGUAUCCAAAGUUUUCUUAUUCUGUAUCUUUUUAAGUGCCAGGAACAGAAGAAACUAAAAAAUAAUAAAAGCAACUAAAAGCAUAACUCGUAAUAAAUGGACAAACUCAACUAGUAGUAAAUGCCAAAUAUACUUUAAUGCUUUAAAAACAAAAGUUAAAACAACACGCGUUUCGCCAACUGGAGGGCUUUCUCAAGUGUAGAUAAUGGAGCCCUGGCACUUAGGAGUUUAUAUAGGGAGAUGUCAGGUUCAAAUGGAGUCAUUUGCCGCCAAAAUUACAUCAUAUGUCAACUUUGACCUCAACUGGGGUCGUACGUGGAGAGCAAAGGUCAGUUUGGUGGGUUGUAAAUGGAAUGAAAACAUAACAGAACAAAAAGACAUAAGUGGUAUACUGUGACUAGUAAUAAAACAAUUGCAUUAUUAAAAAAAAUGAUUACUCCAUGUUUAAAACCGGGUCACAUGACCUAUAAUUAAGUAAUGUUAAACUAUAAGAGGAUUUAUAAAAAUUGAAAAUAAGGCAACGGUCCAGUAGUACUGGAUUCUGUGCCUCUAUAAAGGUAAUUUGAUGUGGAAACUAGGCUUAGAAAGUAGUUAAAAACACUAAUAACAACUACUAUGUUAGCUGUACUUCUGGGGAAACAGGAAGUGUCACGGCUACCAUUUUGGAAUCUGGCGCCGGGAAGGGACUUUGGUGGCAAAUUUCUCCAUUUGAAAAUUACUUCUCCCUAUAUAAACUCCUAAGUGCCUGGCCUCCAUUAUUUACACUUGAGAAAGCCCUCCAGUUGGCGAAACGCGUUGUGUUAUUUUAACUUUUGUUUUUAAAGCAUUAAAGUAUAUUUGGCAUUCAGUACUAGUUGUGUUUGUCAAUUUAUUAUGAUUUUAUGCUUAUAGUUGCUAUUAUUAUUUUUUAGUUUCUUCUGUUCCUGGCACUUAAAAAAAUACUGAAUAAGAAAAAUUUGGAUACCACUCCUUGGAGAAAAUACUUAACAUCAUAUCCCUGGUCGGGAUUAUACCACCCAAGCGCUACUAUCUGAGAAGCAUCUACUGCUCCACUACAUGUGAGUAGAAUAUUCUUACUUUUAUAACCAUCAAUAUAUUGAUUACAGUGAGCACUAUUGUUUGCCAUUUUUAUAUUUUAUAUAUCAGACUACACAUUGAGGGACCAGCCUCCAGAUCUACAUAUCCAUCAGUGGGGAUUGUACGGCUGCAUGCUGCUAAACUCAGAGCUGGUCUCGUAGUUCUCUCAUAUGUGAGUGAUAUACCAUAUACAUUAUUGUUGUAUGUCCUGCACCUACUUCCAUAUGCUCUGCACCAUCACUGGUUAUUUUCUGCUUUAAUUUCAUAUACCCCCACUAUUUGAAGUCUGGGCGGUAACCAGUUGAGUAUAAACUCCAGCAAUUGUGAACUAAUUGGACUUUAUAUUCGUGCAACCUAUAUUUUGUGUAUAUUGUUUUCUCAAUAUCUUUCAGCAGGGGGGUUGAAGGUGACCCUUACUAUUAGUGUUUGCUGCCCGCUAUCAUAUAAUUAUACUCAGUUGACACUCUAGUGCUUAUCCUAUCUGUAUAUUUUUUGUUUAUAUUCAAGGUAUCUACUACCCUUUCUAUAUCACUGUUACUGCUCCCACUGGAAGGCUAUUCCAGGUAUCUACUACCCUUUCCAUAUCACUGUUACUGCUCCCACUGGAAGGCUAUUCCAGGUAUCUACUACCCUUUCUAUAUCACUGUUACUGCUCCACUGAAAGCUAUUCCAGGUAUCUACUACCCUUUCUAUAUCACUGUUACUGCUCCCACUGGAAGGCUAUUCCAGGUAUCUACUGCCCUUUCUAUAUCACUGUUACUGCUCCCACUGGAAGGCUAUUCCAGGUAUCUACUGCCCUUUCUAUAUCACUGUUACUGCUCCCACUGGAAGGCUAUUCCAGGUAUCUACUGCCCUUUCUAUAUCACUGUUACUGCUCCCACUGGAAGGCUAUUCCAGGUAUCUACUACCCUUUCUAUAUCACUGUUACUGCUCCCACUGGAAGGCUAUUCCAGGUAUCUACUGCCCUUUCUAUAUCACUGUUACUGCUCCCACUGGAAGGCUAUUCCAGGUAUCUACUGCCCUUUCUAUAUCACUGUUACUGCUCCCACUGGAAGGCUAUUCCAGGUAUCUACUACCCUUUCUAUAUCACUGUUACCGCUCCCACUGGAAGGCUAUUCCAGGUAUCUACUACCCUUUCUAUAUCACUGUUACCGCUCCCACUGGAAGGCUAUUCCAGGUAUCUACUACACUUUCUGUAUCACUGUUAGCCUUUACUGCUCCCACUGGAACGCUAUUCCAGGUAUCUACUACCCUUUCUAUAUCACUGUUACUGCUCCCACUGGAAGGCUCUUCCAGGUAUCUACUACACGUUCUAUAUCACUGUUACUACUCCCACUGGAUGGAUAUUCCUGGUAUCUACUGCCCUUUCUAUAUCACUGUUAUCCUUUAUCAAUCCUGGUGUAAUACAUUAUAAUGUGAUCCUUAUUUGGUUCAGGUACAGAGAUACUGUUAACCCUGAGUUUACCAUCAUAUAACAUAUAAUAAACACUCUGGACUCAUGGUUCCAAUGAUCACUGAUCCCUUUGUUAAUAACAUCAUGAAUGAAGCCUUGUCCCCGUGUAAGGUAUGCAAGCCAGGGUGAGGGGCAGCAGAAAUAUUCUAGUAAUGGCAUCUGAGAGGCUGGAUUCCAAACAGUAUGAGGUGCAUUGAAACAUUAAGAAUAUGAAGUAUUUUGUGCUGAAUGUGUAGGCAGUGCUGCAUGGCCGUCCUUGAGAUUAUACAGUGUAAUAUGCAGAAUGCGUGAUGAGAUAAGCAUUACUGGCGGCUGAUUCUGAAUUCAGGGGAAUUGCAUGUCUACGGCAAACGCCGACUGACACCCCUAAACAACAAUAUUCAUUCCGAAAGACCCAGCAUAUGCAGUAGCGCUGUAGAAAAAGAAGAAGAGGAAGUUAAACAAUUGCAUGAUACAGACACACUGAGUCUGACUGCCAGGGGCCGGAUUAACAUAGGGGCUAAUGGAGCAACAGCUCUAGAAACAUGCGAUAGGCCCACGGACACUAAAAAUAUAAAGAAUAUAUAUAAUUAUUUUUAUAUCAUCCCCUCUAUUCACUUACGCUUUCUCUAUCCCAGGCUGCAGGAGCUCUGCCGGAGAGUUAGAAGGAAGGGGAGGACGAGAGAGAGAGGAUUCAGAGUUUGGGAUUAGUGCGAGAGAGGAGAUGGGAGCUGGGGUGCGAGAUGGAUAGACAGACUGGGCUGACUGCGUAGACUUGAAAUGCAUCCUGCAAGUGUCGCUCCAGCACAGUCUCCACCAGAUACACGACCCGGGCGCUACGGCUCUUAUAGUGCUUUCUGUUUAUAGGACAAAAACACAAGAGGACACUUUGCUGAUUGUUGCUACAUUUUCAAAAAAUUCUCCUGAAACAGAGAGCAGGAGAUUAACCCUUGGUGUUCAAUAGCAGUGUGCAAUUAGUUCACCUCCCCCAGGCACACCAAGGGCUAACGUCCUCGUUCUCAGUAAUUCUCUGUAUACGGUCCUUGUGAAUUAUACAAAUUGGUUCUAGGCAAAUCAGACAGCAGUGACUGAUUAACCACAAGCAUAAUGAACGUAUUGUUUGCGCCAUCUUAUCCUUCCUCAUUUGCUCCAUCCUUGCACCUCAAAGACAUCAGUAUGGGAAGGAUUAUUCAUGUCUGACUGGGCACCUGCUGCAAUGGGACUACAAUUCCCAUGAUGCUUUGCUGAUUGUGUGGUCAGUGAUUGUGUGUGGCAAUACAUUGCCAUUUAUAAAAAAAACUCAGGCUUAUUCUGUAAAGCGGGUAUUGAUGCAAACUCAAAAUGAAUGAGCCAAAAGACCAGGCUGUGAAUUUUUACAGUUUGUGCCAAAAAAAUGGAAAAUUCAUUUUGAAAUCCUGACACAUCACACGUUAGUGAAUAACAAAGCCUCUAAUGAUAUUGUUAUAAAAAAUCUGAGGACAGGAUGCCAGCAGCCAAUCAGAAGUGAGGUGGAAACAGAUGAGUUAACCCUUUCACUCCCAGCAAUCUCUAGCGCUGGGAGGAGAAUGCGGUUGUUUCACUGGUCGCAUGAUGCACAUUCCAUUUGUUCUAUAACUGAACGCCAGAAUUCCUUAAUUCUGUUCAAAUCACAUAAACAAACUAUUGAGCGAAUUUAACAAAAAACAACCAUAGGCAAGGGAUAGAGAACAGGUUUUAAAGUGUAACGUGAUAGCCAUGAAAAGUGUUCUAAUGAGAGGGUCCCUUUAAGCGUCAUAGUAAAUGGGGCAAAAGAGAAGAAUUUGGUUCAGGGACCUGCAUUAGUCUUUUUCUAGAAGGGUCUGUGCUUUCUUUGAGAUUCUACAAAUUUUGUAACUGUCACACCCGACAUGUGUGGUCAUGUCUGCACUGACCAUGUCACCACCUCCCAAAAUAGUUCUUCAAGCUUGCAAGAGGAACACACAACACCAAUUGCAGAAGUCACAAAGACAAGUUAUGGUUUCUGAGACAAAAGAGUAAUUACCAGCAGUUCUCUCUUGCAGCCUGGGGCCCAUUAAUGAAUUGUUCCAUCUCAGCCAUGCUGUUCAUUCUCUGCAAUAGUUAGUGUGGCGAAACCGGCCUCGCCACGUGUCCUUGGAGGGGGCUGCUUGCCCGCCUCUUGCCUUUGGACUAUGGACCAGACUUUAUGUGAAUGUGUUAUACCCCAGAUAGGAAUCCCAUGGAGCCCAUUCGUAUGAAACUGACUGUAAAGACUUUGGCUCCAUGGCGAUUAAACUGUAUUUGUGUGGUCCGAGCGUCAUUCACUUAAUAAUGUGCACUCAGACCUGAGCUAUCUGGGGAUAUGUGAAAUGUCUGUGUGUUAUGUGUAAAAUGUGACUUUAUGUAUUUUAAAGUGUUUUGUGUCUUUUUGCAACCAUGUGCCUAAUGGAGUCUUGUGUCUGUCCUGGGAGAUAAUUGAAUUACUCUCCAGGAUAGAAGACUCUGAAACUGGUUUGGGCCAGAAAGCCAUGCUUCAUUUAGUCACAAAGGACUUUUUACUAACUUUUGAACCUCUUGUCUGAUUUGUGCCAUUUUUGAAUAUGUUGUUCCCCUGAAUGGAUUGAUUGUGAAUAUGUAAUUUUAUGUGAAUGUGAUGUAUGGUUUUGGAGUUAUGAAAGUUGGGUAGAAGUAUGUUUUAACUGUAUGUAUAAUUGAGUUUCCUCUCAGGAUAAGGGGAGGGAAUAUGUGGGAUGUAACUGUAUGUGAUUGGUUGUUUUGUAACGCCCUGUGGGCUGUACUAUGUUUGUGGAUUGGGAAUAAAAGAGACUGUAUGUGACAGUACAGGGAGUUCCUGUUUUAACCCUCAAAGUGAAGUGUCGUCUCAUUAUUGGGGGAAGGAUUUAUUGUAUGCUGUUCCAGUUUGACUGCUAGGAGAGUAAACCUAUUUGUAUGGUUCCUAUUCAACUGUCUACAGCAUUCAUAUGCUUGAGGAGAAUUUAUUUGCUUCUCCGGUUCGGUGAUUGUGGUGUCUGCUGCAGUGCUUGGAGUCCUCAGGAAGCGCUAGGAGCAUCCUUCAACGGAGGUACCCAGUCGGGGUGCCAGGCGAUCCGUUACAUUGGUGGCAGCGGUGGGAUGGCGUCCUAGUGCGAGGUAAAGCAGCUCAGAGACACAGUCGUUUGGAUUUACAAAUUGAAGGCGACGCUAGUGUUUAUACAGCGUCCCUGUCUACAUAAAGAUUUGGGAAAAUGGGGUUCGUGGAUCCUUGGGCACCUCGCACACCUGAGGAAGAGGGUGAAUUGGACUGGAGAGAUAUUGCCCGGCAAGAACUAUGGUACAAUGCCCUGGAGGAAGUCCAGUAUCAACGGCAGCAGCGCCUUCCUGGUGUCGCAUACCGGUUGGAGGAACAAAUGGCCUGGCGGAUGCCGCUUCUGGGAGACCAACCCGGAGGGCAGCAGGUCAGACAACUUGAGUACCUCGUGGAAAGGGAACUGAGCCUUGACGCCUCAUACAGGGCACUGUGGUGGUGCACUGUCCAGCCAGAGACAUGGAGGGCAGAGGGCAUCCAGCCGGAGGGGGAGAACUACACUAGCCCUGGCCUGUUGUGGAAGGCCUUAGCAGAAGACGUCGACUUUGGCAGUCCAGCAGAGUCACGGUACUGGGCUAUUUUUUAUUACCGGGUGAGAUGGUACAGGGCCCGAGAUCUAUGGGACUGGGACAAGACCUCCACCGUUUGGCUGCCAUGGAACGACAGCUAGAGAUGGACUAUGUGGAACUACUAAACUCAUGUCAGCCACAGGGCAUAGACACAGAACAGGAAAACUGGCUGGGAGACCCAGACCUGCCAACCUACAGCUGGGAAAAUGCAGCCGAGGUACCCCCUGCUUCACUACCAGCGGCAGAAGUAGGGGACCUCAUAGACUGGUCCUGGGAAGACCCACAGAUGGCAGGUGGAGAUGGGAUGGCGGUCUCUCUACCGGCCCUACAGGGAUGCUGGGCGGUCGGCCCAGAUCUCCAGCGGCAGUGUGUACCCCAGGGAGCAGAAGGUGCAGUCCUUCCUCCCCAGCGGCAGUGUGUACCCCAGGGAGCAGAAGGUGCAGUCCUUCCUCCCCAGCGGCAGUGUGUCCGGCAGGAAGCGGAGACAGUCGGUCUCACUCCCCAGCAGCAGGGAAAUAUAUUAAAAGGGGAGACAGUUGGUCCCCCUCUCCAACAGCAGAGAGAGUGUCAGGGAGAGGAGCUUGUUAUCCCCUCUCCCCAGCGGCUGAAAGUAUGUAUGGGAGAGGAGCUUGUUACCCCCCCUCCCCAGCGGCAGCGUGUACCCCAGGGAGAUGAAGGUGCCGUCCUUCCUCCCCAGCGGCAGUGUGUACCCCAGGAAGCAGAGACCAUCUGUCUCGCACCCCAGCCGCAGGACAAAAUAUUGAAAGGGGAGACAGUUGGUCCCCCUCUCCACCAGCAAAGAGAGUGUCAGGGAGAGGAGCAGGUUACCCCCUCUCCCCAGCGGCAGUCUACAGUUCAGAGAGAGGAGCUUGUUACACCCUCUCUCCAGCGGCAGCCUAACCCACCAAGGGGAGAUGUUAAGCCCCACAACUAUGCAGAUGGGACCGUAGUCUCUGCACUUGCAGCACCAGGGGUAGGGACGGUCGGUCCUGUCCCCCAGCCACAGAGCAGUGUAUCCAGAGGGGAGACAGUCGGUCUCCCCCUCCCCCAACCAGGCUCCAACCAGGCUACUUCAGUGGUAGCGCUGGCACCCGGGCAGAGUACCGCUGGUCUCUGCCCACUCAGCAACCCACCAAGGCAGUCUACCAGCCCCCCGCACAGCUGUGGUGAGGCACCUGGACAUGGACAAGUUGCUAUUUUAUCCAGGUGUAGUAACCAGUUAUUGUGGGUGGGCUGUAUUGCUGUUUGUGCUUCGUGGGUGGGUUGCUGGACUAACCAGGGCACUGACCGGCAGGAGGUCAGAUACCCUGUUAGUUUGGAUGGUAAAGGGGAGAAAUGUGGCGAAACCGGCCUCGCCACGUGUCCUUGGAGGGGGCUGCUUGCCCGCCUCUUGCCUUUGGACUAUGGACCAGACUUUAUGUGAAUGUGUUAUACCCCAGAUAGGAAUCCCAUGGAGCCCAUUCGUAUGAAACUGACUGUAAAGACUUUGGCUCCAUGGCGAUUAAACUGUAUUUGUGUGGUCCGAGCGCCAUUCACUUAAUAAUGUGCGCUCAGACCUGAGCUAUCUGGGGAUAUGUGAAAUGUCUGUGUGUUAUGUGUAAAAUGUGACUUUAUGUAUUUUAAAGUGUUUUGUGUCUUUUGCAACCAUGUGCUUAAUGGAGUCUUGUGUCUGUCCUGGGAGAUAAUUGAAUUACUUAUCUCCAGGAUAGAAGACUCUGAAACUGGUUUGGGCCAGAAAGCCAUGCUUCAUUUAGUCACAAAGGACUUUUUACUAACUUUUGAACCCCUUGUCUGAUUUGUGCCAUUUUUGAAUAUGUUGUUCCCCUGAAUGGAUUGAUUGUGAAUAUGUAAUUUUAUGUGAAUGUGAUGUAUGGUUUUGGAGUUAUGAAAGUUGGGUAGAAAGUAUGUUUUAACUGUAUGUAUAAUUGAGUUUCCUCUCAGGAUAAGGGGAGGGAAUAUGUGGGAUGUAACUGUGAUGUGAUUGGUUGUUUUGUAACGCCCUGUGGGCUGUACUAUGUUUGUGGAUUGGGAAUAAAAGAGACUGUAUGUGACAGUACAGGAAGUUCCUGUUUUAACCCUCAAAGUGAAGUGUCGUCUCAUUAUUGGGGGAAGGAUUUAUUGUAUGCUGUUCCAGUUUGACUGCUAGGAGAGUAAACCUAUUUGUAUGGUUCCUAUUCAACUGUCUACAGCAUUCAUAUGCUUGAGAGGAUUCAUAUGCUUCUCCGGUUCGGUGGUUGUGGUGUCUGCUGCAGUGCUUGGAGUCCUCAGGAAGCGCUAGGAGCAUCCUUUAACGGAGGUACCCAGUCGGGGUGCCAGGCGAUCCGUUACAGUUAGUGAAUAGGCUAAAUGAUCCUGGGUAAAGUGCCAAUAGAGGAGCAGUUAACAGAAACUACUGGUUCCCAUGGUUACUGCUCCACCUAUAGACCUUUGUCCCGGUUUUGUGUUUAACCCCUUAACGGAUCACUAUAUUGUCAGGAAAACAAACUCGUUUUCCUGACACUAUAUAACCCUUAGGUCCCCCCCACCCCCGUUGUCCCCCUCCCGCUGGGCUGAAGGGGUUAAAACCCCUUCAGCCACUUGGCUUUAUCCAGUGCCGGGCUCCCUCAGCGCUGGUGACCUCUCCUCCCCCGUGGAAGUCAGCUCCCGAGUGGAGCGGAAUGCGCAUGCACGGCAAGAGCCGCACGCGCAUUUAAACAGUCCAUAGGAAAGCAUUUCUCAAUGCUUUCCUAUGGACGUUCUGCAUGCUGAAUGCGAUUUUCCCAUCCAGCGUCGCAGAAGCGCCUCUAGCGGCUGUCAGGAAGACAGCCACUAGAGGUUGGAUUAACCCUAAAUGUAAACACAGCAGUUUCUCUCAGCUGUCUUGGCGUCAUACUUGACUCUGGCCUCACUUUUUAGCCUCACAUCCAGUCUGUUGCCAAAUCCUGUAGAUUCCACCUUAAAAACAUUACCUGCAUCCGCCCCUUUCUUACAUAAGAUGCUAGCAAGGAGCUUGACCAUGCUCUAGUAAUUUCCCGCAUGGAUUAUUGUAACCCUCUCCUGAUUGGUCUUCCCAAAAGCCGUAUUGCCCCUCUGCAGUCUGUAAUGAAUGCUGCCGCCAGACUGAUUUUCCUCUCUAGUCGGUCCUUUCACACCUCACCCCUCUGUCACUCCUCACAUUGGCUUCCUGUAUCCUACAGGAGUCAAUUCAAAGUGCUAACCCAUACCUAUAAAGCACUGACUAAGUCUAGCCCCUCUUAUAUCUCUUCACAGAUCCAUAGGUAUGCCUCUUCUCGGUCUCUCCGCUCUGCCCGUGACCUUCUCCUGUCUGCUACUCGCACCCGUACCGCCAACUCGCGCUUGCAGGACCUCUCGUGGGCGGCUCCCUUCCUAUGGAAUAGCCUGCCUACCGCCAUCAGACUCUCCCCUAGUCUUCAAUUGUUUAAGAAGGGCCUUAAAACUCAUCUCUUUAGGAAAGCUUAUGGCCUCCCAGAGUAACCUCUACCUUACAUACCUGUCUUUUGCUCUCUCCUAAAGGGCAGCACUCCACUCUCUCCUCCAGCUCUGCUUCACUCCAACCUUAUUUGAUUGCUAUUUCCUGUCAUAAUGUGUUUUAUAACCCACCUCCUAUAGACUGUAAGCUCGUUUGAGCAGGGCCCUCUGCAACCUAUCGUUCCUGUAAGUUUUCUUGUAAUUGUCCUAUUUAUAGUUAAAUCCCCCCUCUAAUAAUAUGGUAAAGCGCUACAGAAUCUGUUGGCGCUAUAUAAAUGGCAAUAAUAAUAAUUGCUGUGGAGCUCUGUUUUAACACAUUACAGGGAGUACUAUUGCUGUGGAGCUCUGUUUCAAAACGUUUCUGGGAGUGUUAUUGCUGUGGAGUUCUUAUAAACUCAGACACAUUACUGGGAGUGUUAUUGCUGUGGAGCUCUGUUAUACACUCAGACACAUUACUGGGAGUGUUAUUGCUGUGGAGCUCUGUUAUACACUCAGACACAUUAUUGGGAGUAUUAUUGCUGUGGAGCUCUGUGAUACACUCAGACACAUUACUGGGAGUAUUAUUGCUGUGGAGCUCUGUUAUACACUCAGACACAUUACUGGGAGUAUUAUUGCUGUGGAGCUCUGUUAUACACUCAGACACAUUACUGGGAGUAUUAUUGCUGUGGAGCUCAGUUAUACACAGACACAUUACUGGGAGUAUUAUUGCUGUGGAGCUCUGUUACACAGUCAGACACAUUACUGGGAGUAUUAUUGCUGUGGAGCUCUGUUAUACACUCAGACACAUUACUGGGAGUAUUAUUGCUGUGGAGCUCUGUUAUACACUCAGACACAUUACUGGGAGUAUUAUUGCUGUGGAGCUCUGUUAUACACUCAGACACAUUACUGGGAGUAUUAUUGCUGUGGAGCUCUGUUAUACACUCAAACACACCAACAAUAUGGAUCUCCUAGAAAAGUGGGACAGAGGGAUUUGGGCCCAAUACAGGGUCUGUCUUUACUAAAUAGGAUGUUUAUUUGGCUCAUUAAAGGGUAAAAUAAAGUGAUGGGCCAACCUGUCCUUAUUGCUCAUAUUUUACAUCGAUCUCCUUCCAUCAGUGUAGAAUGUAAAAUGAAUAAAGAAUGCCACAACCAACACAAACCCUAGCCCAUACCAAUCCCACAGCUUAAGGAAGCAGAGCCCUUGAAACCAGCCAUCUGAGUCCUCUCCUCGUCAUUUUCAACAAAAAAUACAAAAUGAGCAGCCAAUCAGGAAUCAGGAAGAUGAUGCAUGGUGGGAUAUUCUAUGUCUCAACUGAGCCGAUUCACCAAAGUCCAAAUGUAUUGUUUUUUUGAAAGAAAACAGGUCUCAAGGCCUAACGCUCUGAAGUAAUAACUAAUAUCACAUCUUUAUUAUAUACACGUGGCAAUAAAGCCUUCCCCCAGCCGGGUUAAUGGGAUAUAUAGCUAAGCCCUCAGCAGUAGUUUCAUUCAUGAAAAUAUAUCAAUGAAACUCUAGCACAAGGUAUUAGAGGCAGACAGCAGCAUAGAGGAGACAGAUACGCUUCUUGCUCCAUAAUGUAUGAGUUUAAAAUCUCAGCUCCUUUUCCUUUCUCGUUGCUGUAAGUAGACUUCCACUUGGAGUCCAGUUGCAGCAAUAAAGAACAAAGAUAGUGAGAUAAAGUAUUAACAUAUCACUACACUGGGCUGUUAUCUCUUUCUGCAGCCCUGAAAAGGUUAUUCAAUAAAUAUAAAUCGAGGGGAGCUGGUGACAGAAUUGAUCAUUUUAGGUCAGGAAGACAAACUGGAAUCAUUGCCGAGCACAGCGCUGUUUUCUAACUCAGCUAAUUUGGUUAAAAUCUUGGCCUAAAACUUGCCAUUCCUUUGUCAUUGGUCCCUACGUCCCCGUUUAAUGAGUGAGCUCGAUGAGAGGGUGUAGGGCAAGUUCUCGAGGGCUCAGGGCAGUAGAUGACGUACAUGUGUUUUGUAGGUUUUUUUUGUGUUUUCAUUUAUACAUCAGCCAUUCUACAUUGAGGUCUAUUUUUAACUGCCAUUAUUUUCCUAUGAACACAUUAACACCUCCAAGCAUUUAUUUAAUAGUCUGCGUUUCCGGGAUUAACUAAAAAAGCCGUAAUGUAAUUUUAAAAACCCGAUAUGUAAAACACUCAAUUUAAGGGAACACCCACACAUCGCGCACUGCAACUUUCUGUGUUUGGAGUCAUAAUUGUUUAAUAGCAAUCAGUACCUUUUAUAACUGGGGACAGAAACACCUCCCUCGCUGUCAUUCAGACAUGAACAGUCAGUGAAACACUGACAGUCACUCAGACACUAACAAUCAGACUGACACGAACAGUCAUUCAAGCACUAACAGUCACUCAAACACUGACAGUCACUCAAGCACUAACAGUCAGACUGACACUAACAGUCACUCAAACACUAACAGUGACUCAGACACUAACAGUGACUCAGACACUAACAAUCAGACCGACACUAACAGUCACUAAAACACUAACAGUCACUCAGGCACUAAAAGUCAGACUGACACUAACAGUCACUCAAACACUAACAGUCACUCAGGCACUAAAAGUCAGACUGACACUAACAGUCACUCAAACACUAACAGUGACUCAGACACUAACAAUCAGACCGACACUAACAGUCACUCAGGCACUAACGGUAUAAAAAGCAAUAAGCAAUGUAAAUGGCAAAGAGAUUAAUUCCAUCUGUGUUGAACCGGCAACGUUGUACCCCAGCCUCAGGAUCCUUAUCAAGCCUGUGACUAUGUCCUCUUGUGGUAGUUUAAAAAAAAAAUCUUUUAAAUAUACUCUUUUACUGUGUUUAAAGGGACACUGUAGGCUCCCAGAGCAUUUCAGCUCAUUGAGAUGGUCUGGGUGCAAUGUCCCAUGUCCCUUAACCAUACAGUGGUAAUAAUUGCAGUUUCUGAGAAUUGCAAUAAUUACCUCUGAUGGUUAACUCCUCCUGUAGUGGCUGUCUAGCAGCCACUAGAGGGACUUCCGGAAUCCAAAUGGAUCUUUGGUCCGGUCCGUUAUCUGAUGUUGGACGUCCUCACGCUAUGCAUUGAAUAAUGCUUUACUUUGGGUGAAUACUAAUGUGAACGCAGCCAUUGCAGCGAAUACGCAUUAGGUCUCCCCCGCUGGCUAAAGUCGGCAGGGGAGGAGUGCGGGUGGAUCCUGACAGCGCCGAGGGUCAUCAGCGCUGGAUUCAGGUAAGUGACUGAAGGGGUUUACCCCUUCAGCUGUGCGAUAGGGGGGGCACGAGGGAGGGGGGCACUGUAGGAUUCUAUAGCGCCAGGAAAACGGUUUAUUUUCCUCGCACUAUAGAAUACCUUUAAUUAAAGAUGCAUGUUUUCUAUGGGGUCUAUCUACUGUUUAAAAUUCUCCUGAGACUCGUGGCUAUUUUGGCUAGCUUGCCCACUGCCCAUUAUGUACAAACAUCCAGAUCCAUGCACAAGGGGGACUUUUGCACACAACAAUAGUGGUAUUUGUCUUACAAAACAACAAAUGAUCUUCACUAAAGAAAUAUCUGUAUUUGUUCCAGUCACUGUGUAUCACAUUAAGAUAAAUAAGAAGUGUUGAAAUGAAUGACACUCAGACAGCAGGGCUUACCCUACUCAUGUUUAUAUCAUAAAGCCGUCACUUUCAUCGUUAACCCUUUCAAUCCCAGAGAGUUGGGGGGAAAAGCAGAAUCGCCCCAAUACACAUUUCCCGAGAAUUCCAAGUGCCUAUUCUGCCAUCUUUCUUCCCCAUUUAGAAACUGACAGAAUCAGCACAAUCCCUUCCUUGCUACAAGGAACUAACAUUUGCGUGACUUUUGAACAGAUUUCUAUCUUGUUUAAAAAAAGAGACCUGUGUGAGAUCUGUAGAUUGUAGGGGUUGUUUAAAGGGAAUGUGAUGGAAACACCUGGGUUUUUUUCUACAUGAAUGAGUUUUUUGUUACUUUAUGUAUAAUUUUAUACAGGAUGUACAAGAUACAGCCGAUGCCCUUGGCAGAUUCAGAUCUAGUCAUUAGUUUACUGGUAAAACCAUAUAAACCUGCUAGACGCACACUUCAGCUCCUGAUGGGGGAAACCUGUAAACAUUAUUUGUAUAACCGCUCUGUGUCUAUCAGGAAAUGUUGUUGAGUGUCUAAAAUUUGGAAUAGUCCUGCUGAAUCCAGGAUUGUUGGGUGGUCUGAUUUUUGUAUUUAUAGUAGCACAUAAACACAAUAACAUUUUAAAAGACAUAGAGAGAAGACUGUAGAUUGGUGGAGUCUUUUCACGUGUACCUCUGAAACAUCCAAGUACCGUAAGAAACAAACCACGUGGCCAAAGGAGAAAAUUCUGGACUUUUUUUUCCCACUGACAUUAGGCACAUCCUGAUAUUUUUAUUUGUGUCUUGUGUUGUCUAAAGGGUAGCUGAGCGCUUAUCCUCCCUCUAUUUACUUUGCAUGUAGCCAGAUAGGAAAUGGUAUCACUUUUCAGGCACAGUGGAAGUGGCUUCAGCUGGAGGCAUGUACAUUGAGAUAAUAAACAGUUGCAAAGUUUUCAUCCUUGGUGUUUGUUUGUCAUCACCCCUGUCUUUAUCACCCACCACCAUGGCCCCGCUAUCAUUCUCCUACCUUGUACAUCAUCAUCCCCCACCAUGGCCCCGGUAGGGGUUCCACAAGGACUGGGUUGGGAACCACUGCAUUAGACUGAGUCUUGCUAAAUACUUCCUUAAUAUCCUGGUAUUGUAUGGGAACUUCGGGAGUUUGAGGAGUAAUAGUGGGUAAUUCAAUAGUAGCCACUCUCUUGGUGAUAUGUACUAUACACCUUCCCUCACAAUCCUUACCCCAUUCCAAUAUUUCCCCGUUAGCCCAAUCAAUAUAAGGGUUAUGCUUACUAAGCCAAGGAAAGCCUAAUAUGAUAGGACAGGAAGGGGAUGCAAUAACCUGAAACGUUAUAUCUACCUUAUGCAAGGCUCCAAUGGACAUACUAAUGGGUAAGGUUUUGUAACAAUUUAUGGUUGUGAGAGUGGUCUCCCAUCAAUAGCCUCUACAGCUAGAGGUGAUAGUCUCUCCUUGACAGGUAUAACAUUACCCUUAACAAAUUGGACAUCAAUGAAAUUUCCAGCAGCCCCUGAGUCCAUCAGUGCUUUGCAUUAAAAGUAAUUUUUGUCAAGGAUAAUCGUAAUAUCAAGGAGAAAUCUAUAUUUAUUCUUUUCAGAGGACGUUUCCAUUACACCUAAGACCUGUCCCCUUAAGGUGCGGUAGUUUUCCGGACGAAUGGGACAAUUGUUUCUCAUAUGUCCCUUCCUACCGCAGUAAAGACAUAGGCCUUCUUUUCUCCUAUAUUGUCUCUCGGCCUUCGACAGUCUAGUGACCCCCAACUGCAUGGGUUCAGGAUCGGACUGUAUAGGAAGGUCAGGAACAACAGGUUUGAAGAAACGGGGUGCUAAAGGCAUAGUCAUACGUCUGGUCUUAUUUCUAGUAGCUUCUAUAGUUCUUAGUCUAUUGUCAAUUUGGAUAACAAAUGUAAUAAACUCAUUAAGUUCCUUGGGUAAGUCUUUGGCGGCAAUCUCAUCUAGCAUAUUUUCAGAUAGUCCCUUUUUAACUGCAGAGAUUAGCCCACUGUUACUCCAGUCUACCUCGGAAGCUAGGGUACGAAAUUCUAUGGCAUACUCUGAGAUAAACCGGUUCCCUUGUAUGAUAUGCAUCAGGGCAGAGGAGGCGUCUUCCUCUCUGCCUAAUGGUUAAAACGUAAGUUUAAAUUCCGUAAUAAACUCCUGGUAAUUGUGUGCCACAUUCCUAUUACUCUCCCAUAACGGACUGGCCCAAGCUAAAGCUUUACCUUUUAAUUGAUUCAUCAGGUAACCAAUUUUAGCUCUGUCUGUGGGAAAAGAUCCCAGUGAGGCCUCAAAAUGAUACUCUAUUUGGUUAAGGAAUCCUCGGCAUUCUUGAAUAUUACCAUCAAAAUGCAGAGGAGGAGAUAGAGAGAUAGUGGGUGCCUUGUGUACUAUGGGUGGAGGUACAUAUGGUGAGACAGUAGGAGCAGCCGCAGGUUGCAGAUGCGCUGUACGAGUAAGAAGCGUACUGAAGGCCUGGGCAAAUUGAUCCAUGCGGUGAUCAUUCUCCUCUAGUUUCCUUUCGCAAGCAGCUAUGUGCUUACACAAUUCUACCAUGUCGUAAUGUCAGGAUUACAGUAUGAUUCAGCACGUAGAACUGUGUAACACAGGAGACUAACAGGUAACGUAUACCGGGCCUUAGAAUGGCCGGACUCACAUACCAAAGAAUAGUCAGGAAUAGCCGAGGUCAGGGGACACAGAAAGGGACACAAUAAUAAAGGAAAGCCAGAGGUUAGGGAUACCAGAAAACAGGGAAGUCAAAAUCAAUGCCAAAGUCAAAUAACCAGAAUAAGGAAUGCGCUCUCUGAUAACCACUAGGGAAACCACGAUAGGGCAAUUAGGGCUAUUCUGAUUAGCUGAAAUCGCUCUUUGACCCCAAAACGUGCGCGGUGCGUGCGUGACUUCACUUGCACGCUGACGUCGUCAAUCACGUGAGCGGAUGUGGGGGUAUAUUUUGCCGUGGAUCCGCAGUGGCCGGUCUCCAUUAACAUGCCGCAAGUGUCAGUCAUGCAGACGCACGGCCGCUGGGUGCAGUGACUGCAAGGUGACGAAGAAUAUGCUACACGUACUAAGGGAGGGGCGGGGGGGGGACGGAGGGAGCAAUCCGUAUCGGGUGCCACUCACUAGGGGGGUGCCUGGGGCGCAUUUUCAUGCCUCUUGAAACUCACCCCCCACCAUGACCAGUUAUCAUUCUCCUAACUUGUACAUUAUCAUCUUCCACCACGGACCCACUAUCACCCCCCAGCAUGGUCUCAAUAUCAUUCACCUACCCUGUACAUUAUCAUCCCCCACCAUGGACCCACUAUCCUUCUUCUAACUUGUACAAAUUCAUCCACCACCAUGGACCCGCUAUGAUUCUCCUACUUUGUACAUGAUCAUCCCCCACCAUGGACCCACUACCAUUCUUCUACCUUGUAUAUUAUCAUCCACUGUCAUGGACCCACUAUCAUUCUCAUAACUUGUACAUUAUCAUCCCCCACCAUGGUCCGCUAUCAUUCUACUACCUUGUUGUGGCGAAACCGACCUCGCCACUGGGCAUUGGAGAAGACUGAUUGCCAUCCUCCUGCCAUGUGACUAUGGCCCCUGGGAUGUAUUGCCCUUUAAAGACAUGAUUUGGGCAUAAUGGAUUUGUGUUGUGCUGCUGCUGGCCCUUUAAAAACCAUCUGGGGACAUACUGUGGAGUUACUGGGUGACCACCAUUUCAUGUAUCAGAGGCACAUGGUGAGAACAAUGGAUGAAGCACAUGGUGAGAACAAAGGAUGGCGGCCAUUUUAACUCACAGACACUGUUUUGACUUUUCUACACGGUGCCAUCUCGCUGGUAUUUGCUGCACACAGACAUCGUUCAGUAGUUUUAAACUACAGAACAGGGGACACAUUUAACAGUAAUUAUUUUUCAUAUAGCCUGUAUAUGUUCUGCAGAAUCUGCAUUAAACCGUAUCUUCCAAACUUCUGAACAGAUCUGGGUGAAUUUUGGAUAUGUGGUUCACCCAGAUACCCCGGUUCCGAGGAUAUAUAUGGGGUUAUUGCAUGUUUUGGGGUCCCUGUGAUAUAUUUUAUAAUACUGUAUUUCUCUGCCUGUGAUAAUUAUAUUAACCAUUGUGUUCAGUAAUCAUGUCACAGGCAGAGGGGAGGAUUUUGUGUGGGAGUGUCUGUGUGUAUUGUACGGAUUGAUUGGUUGUAUUUCAAAACCCUGUGGGCAGUACUAUGUUUGUAGAAUGUGAAUAAAAGAGGCUGUAUUCACACCCUCAAUCUGAGUCCUGUCUCUUAUUGGGGGAAUCUGCUACAAGGGAUUGCUAUGCUCUCUGAGCUCUUGUAAGAGCUUGUUCCUGUCUUGCUCUCUGAAGGAGUCUACGGUGGUUAUGGUGUUGGCUGGAGUGCUUGGAGUCCUAUGGAAGCGCUAGGAGCAUCCUUCAACGGAGGUACCCAGUCGGGGUGCCAGGUGAUCCGUUACAUUGGUGGCAGAGGUGGGAUGGCGUCCUAGUGCGAGGUAAAGCAGCUCAGAGACACCGUUCAUGGAUUUACAAAUUGAGGGCGAUGCAAGUGUUCAUACAGCGUCCCUGUCUACAGAAAGAUUUGGGAAAAUGGGGUUCGUGGACACUUGGCAUUGGAGAAGACUGAUUGCCAGCCUCCUGCCAUGUGACUAUGGCCCCUGGGAUGUAUUGCCCUUUAAAGACAUGAUUUACACUUGUACAUUAUCACCCCCACCACAGACCCACUAUUAUCCCCCACCAUGAUCCCUGCUAUCAUUCUCCUACCUUGUACAUUAUCACCCCCAACUCAGACCCACGAUUAUCCCCCACCAUGGCCCCGCUAUCAUUCUCCUACCUUGUACAUUAUCAGCCCCCACCAUGGACCCACUAUCAUUUUCCUACCUUGUACAUUAUCACCCCCAACUCAGACCCACGAUUAUCCCCCACCAUGGCCCCCGCUAUCAUUCUCCACGUCGUUUACAUGCUCGUUGUUUACUCCCACAAGGCUCGUCGUUCACUCCCACAAGGCUCGUUGUUUACUCCCACGAUACUUGUCGUUCACUUGUUCGCUGUUUACUCCCACAAUGCUUGUUGUUUGCUCGUCGUUCGCUCCCACAAUACUCCACGUAUAGUGUGAGGGUUUUUUUUUACUCUACGUAUUCGCUAUAGAGGUUAAAAGUGAUGCUGCACUGCUCUGGAAGUUACACCAGUGAAUAAAACUUGUAUUAACAUUUUUUGUGAUGCUCUUUUUUGUUUUAAAGUUAUAGGAAAGAUUUAGUAACUGAUCUUCCCAAUCCAGCUCAGUCCUGGCACAUCCAAGGCACACGCUGCAUCGCAGAAGGAGACAUAGAAACACUGUCUAUGCUGUCUGCCAGGUGCAAAGGGCGGAGUUUAUCACAAUGAUUGACAAGAACCCAAGACAGAGGUUCUCUAUUUUAGUAAACACAGAGGUGUGCAUUUCUACAUUUAAUUGUCUUUAAUUUUUCAUCACAAACAUAUAUUUGUUAAAGAAACACUGUAAGCACCAUAGCCACUACAUCAUGCUGUAGUUUUUAGUGCCAGGAGGAGGAGAGCCUGGCUGCCUACCAGAGUCUGUAGUCAAACUACUUACCUAAUGUCUGUCGGGCACAGAGUGCCGUCAGCCAGUGAGCUAAACCCUGCACCUUCAGGCUAGCUGAAAGCACAGAGCUUGUGGUUCGCCAGAGGUAAGUCUUGCCAUGCAGCGCUAGCUCACUGGUUGAGAGCGUCAGCUGAUCACUAUCAGCCAAUGAGCAAAGCCCCUCACAGCCAUGAAAGCUCAGAGCAGAGAGAUUCAGGGUUACAAUGGCGCAGGGGACACCAGAUAAGUUGUCAAAUGGUUUGGUGUUUACAUUGGUCAGCACCAGGGAACUCCUGGCACCAUAACCACUGGAGCAAUCUGCUUUUCUGGAGUUUUUUCAGAACUCAUUAGCUGUAUUUUUGCAUUUUAUAUAGUUAUUGUGAUUAAUAAAUACAUUUGUUGCAUCCUAUUUCUUAACCCGGCCCCCUCUGGCCCUUCCUCCAUUCUGAAAUCCUUCCUUCUUGCUGGUUAAUGUAGCUGAUAAGUGUUUUCAUAGCUCACUCCCUCCUAGCCCACAGGGUCACAUAGCACAGAGGAGUAAUCAGGAAGCACUGGGAAGGUUUCUAUGAAAGCUAGGUCGCCUUUCACACAUAGAUGUGCAGAAAUGCAGGGGAUAACAUCAGCACAUUGGAACGUUCCAUGCCUGAUUGGUUGAUCACUCCGCGGUCUGGGCUGCGCUAAGCUGCUGCAUGUGCUAAGCCUGGGAACUCAUUGAAGAGACACAACUUCAGAUGUGAGUAGCUUUUUACCUUUAGUUACUUUGGACAGAUUGUCUUGCAUAUUUUUAGUGCACUAUCUAAAUAAGUGGGUCAGUUCUGGGGCGCCUCAGCAGUGCAAUGGAGAUAUUGCCUGGGCCCCCACCAAUCCUGGGGUUUUAGGGCAAAUAACCAUCACCUAAUAUUACCAAGACUGAUUAGUUCCUAUCAGCCACAUAUUGCAGCUCCAAUUUGAAAAUGUUUUGGUAAUGUUGCCAACACGUGUAGCAGUGCUGUACAAACAAAAUAAUAUAUAAUGCAACAAAAUAUCAAAUGAAGUACAACAUAAAUCUGAAGUCAUAAUUAUAAAUCAUCAACUGGAUGGAUGAAUAUGUACAUAGUUAGGUAGUCAGACACAAGAUAGAUAUGUAGAUAGACAGAAAGACAGUAGAUAUACGAUAGGUAGACAAUAGAUAGAUAUACCAUAGAUAUGUAUACAAUUGAUAGAUAUACGAUCGAUAGGUAUACAAUCAAUAGAUAGAUAUACGACAGAUUGAUAGAUAGGUAUAUGAUAGAUCGAUAGAUAUAUAAUAGACAAUGAAUAUAUACGAUUGAUAGAUACAUAUACAAUAAAUAUACGAUCGAGAGAUAUACGCUAUAGAUAUACAAUAGAUAUAUGAUAGAGUUCUUUGAUUAUAUGACAUAUUUCACAAUCCGGCUGUACUCUAAUUCUGUAAUAGUAAAUAAAGGAAGCCCUAACUUAGCUCUCCUCCCACAGCCUGUUUCCCCUCGGGUUGCAGAUAGCAGUAUUUCAAUGACAGGCUCAGGAGAGGAAGCCAUAAGUCGUGUGCUCUCAUUGAAACCUGUUCGCUGCCCUUUGGUUGGGUGACAUGUGGCACAUCCUGUGGAUCGGAUCAGUAACUAGCUUAGGUAUGUGGCACAUGCCAUGGAGUAACCUGGCGAAUUCUUACAAUGAAUGGUCUCAGGGUGAAUGGGCAGAUUCUUCGGGUCUCAGGGUUAAGGGGCAGAUUCUCAUGUUUUACCAUGAACAGGCAGAUUCACAUUAUGAAUGACAGAUUCUCAUGUUUUACCUUGAACGGGCAGAUUCACGGUAUGAAUGACAGAUUCUUAUGUUUUACCAUGGAUGGGCAGAUUCACAGUAUGAAUGACAGAUUCUCAUGUUUUACCAUGAAAGGGCAGAUUCACAGUAUGAAUGACAGAUUCUCAUGGUUUACAAUGAACGAGCAGAUUCACAGUAUAAAUGUACAGAUUCUUAGGUCUUGGGGUGAAUGGGCAGAUUUUAGGGUAAUAGGGGACUUGCAGCCUGGAACGUACUCCUUUUAUUAUGAGACUCUAUGUGUGUGAAUUAUUGUAUGAAUCCUUCCUUUGAUACUGGUGACUCCACUGACGGUAUUUCAUUCUUAACAUCUUCCUAAUUAGAAGAAUUUAGUUACAGAGUAUGCGUAGCUAAUUCAUAUUUUGCAGUGUCUCAGGUAUGUGCAUUAGAAAGACAGUUUUGUUGCAACACUUUGCUCUGUAAUCGGAUUCCUGAGCCCUGGACACAAAUGAAACCUAAGUGCAAUACGAAACAAGGCUUUAGUUCCCCUCCCCCGCUGUAUGCCGUUUGAUGCAAUUUUCUCACCUGGUGCAGAAUAUGGGCCAAAUUUGUUUAUUGCAUAAUGGGGUGUGUUAUUUUUCAUAUGCUAAAUCAGGUUAAAAAUGUUUUGCGAUGUUCACUUUUGCACAAUUUUACAUGGUGCUCGGAAUCCAGUGAAACAUUCCAGUAAAGAGAUUGCUGAGAGGACAAUCUAGCGAUUGUGGAAUGUAAAGAUGGCAUGGGAUGUGGAGAAACACUGAUAAUGCACAUCAUUAGGUAACGUUCUGACUGCUCGAUGAAAUAAUGGGGUUACAGCCCGCUAGCAAUUCCCUGGCCUCCUUCCCAGUGUGAUGGUUUACCCUCUCUCCUGGUUCGCACAAUGCUCCUGAUCCUCUUUGUACGCAGAUCUACAACAUCCGUUCUCUGCAUAAGGCGAAUGUCGAUCCUUCUGCUCAUUGACUGGCUGAGAGUGUCAGCUGACCUCUCUCAGCCAAUCACUGAGUUUCUGUGCAUCGGCAUAUGCACAGAACUGACAUUAAACCCCUGGAACUCAAAGCUGGAAAAACAGAAACGUUGCACAGCCUCCAGAACCAUCACUAAAGUGGUCAUGGUGCUUGUAGUAAUUCUUUAAGUACAUUAAAUAGAUCUGGAGACACGUAUGACAACGUUACUAUCUAUCUGGAGACACGUAUGACCACGUUACUAUCUAUCUGGAACCACGUAUUACUAUGUUACUAUCUGUCUGGAACAACGUAUGACCACGUUACUUUCUAUCUGGAAUCACGCAUGACCAGGAUUUUGGGACUAGCAUAUUUUGCUGACAUCAUCAGAAGUGAUUCUCUGAGCCAAUCACAAUGCUUCCCUCAAGGAGGCAGAUCAGGGGCAGAGCCAGCAUGAUUUAAACACAGCCCUGGCCAAUCAGCAUCUCUAUGGAUCUCUAUGAGGAAAGUUCAGUGUCUGCAUGCAGUGGGAGGAGAUACCGAAUGUUUGGAUGCAUUUUAGGCAGCCAUGACCCAGGAAGGAUCUCUACCAGCCAUCUGAGGAGUGGCCAGUAAAGUUAUCACUAGGCUGUAAUGUAAACACUGCAUUUUCUCUGAAAAGACCGUGUUUACAGCAAAAAGCCUAUAGGUAAUGGUUAUACUCACCAGAACAAAUACACUAAGCUGUAUACUAUUCAAUAAGCUGUAUACUAUUCAAUAAGCUGUAGUUGUUCUGGUGACUAUAGUGUCCCUUUAAUGUUGGUGUUCAAGGCAAGAAUCCUACGCUAAUACGGUGGGUCUGGCAGUGCUGGCUCCAAUUGAUAGAUUACCCAUGUUGAACGUGGCCCAUGUUGAACGUGGCCAGAUGAACUUGCAUUAAACCAAUUUCUGUUAGAUACACCAGAGGUUAGGGUGGUGAGCUAUUACUGAUAGUGGACGCAGCUGAAGCCAUAAUGGCCGGAGAGAUCCACUCUUUUGGUUUGUACAAGCUCAACAGAGACAAAUAAUGGGAAAUUGUGGUAUCACUUCCUAUGAAAUGUGCCGUUUGCUGAUUACUCUAAUCGCUGUUUUGCAGCUUUAUUCAGAGUUGUGUAAUCUUCACUUGUUUGGUGUGUCAUGUGAUCCUGUAUUUCAACCAGCGUGAGAAUCGGUGUAAAAAGUUCCUAUAUUAGGGUCAGCGCCAGUCCGAGAGCAAAAUACAGGAAGUAAAGCCGGCGCCACCAUCCUAGCCCCUACAAUUUCAACAUUUUAUAAAUAGGUUCUGCAAGUUUAAAAUGAGCAUUGAUCAUCAGACGGCUUAUCCAAGAUGUUCUGCAAUAGAUUUGGUUUUCAAUCGGACACAGAGCUCCACAGCAAUAAAACUCACAGUAAUGUGCACAGUAUGAGCGUAUCACAGAGCUCCACAGCAAUAAAACUCACAGUAAUGUACACGGUAUGAGUGUAACACAGAGUUCCAUCCACAGCAAUAAAACUCACAGUAAUUUGCACGGUGUGAAUGUAUCACAGAGUUUCACAGCAAUAAAACUCAAAGUAAUGUGCACAAUAUAAGUUUAUCACAGAGCUCCACAGCAAUAAAACUCACAGUAAUGUGCAGUGUAUGAUUAUCACAGAGCUUCACAGCAAUAAAACUAACAGUAAUACCUCCCCACGAUACACCCACCGAAAUACAACCGGAACCACCAACCAGAUAGGAAACGCACCACCAACAGACGAGAACAGGUGACAUCUACACACCCCAAGAAUGGCCAAAACUAACUACCCCACAUCGCACCACAAUAAUACAACAAGCCCAGGGGGAAAAACAAAACAAGUGGAAUGAAACACACGGGGCACUCAGAGAACACACUAACACUUAUCAACGCUAAACAGGGCGACAAUGCCCACAGCCCGCCUCGCGUGCAAAAUCCCAACUAUAAGAACAAAGACACUCAAAACAUGAAUACUACCCCACAACACAAGUCACGACAAAACAACCUCAGAACAAUAACUACACCCACACAAAGACCAUAACACAGACCAUAACACACAUAUAGCAGGAAAACACACAACAUAGAAAUAUACACCAAAAGACGAAAACCCAGGCAACACACACAACUACCCACCCAACCCGACUACCCGGACCAGAAGAGGUACAACCCAAAAUGAAACAACCCGACUACCCUAGACCACAUCCAAAAGGUGCACAAUAAAAAUACUAUAAGAAAGGAAUGAGAAGAACAACUGGAAGGUACAACCACAAAAGUGGGCUAUGAUAGGACGACCCCCCCCCUUUUCUGUACCAUACCCAAACCCGCAGACCAAAGAACAAUGACUCCGAACAGAAUAUCGGAAUUUAUUAAAACGCAAAAGUCAAACAAAGAAACUAAGAUUAAAAGACUAUUAAAUUUACAAAAACGACAAAAUGCGAUAACUACCAUAAGUGUACGUUGUGAAAAUUGAAUGAAAAAUGUUGACCCCCCAUUUCUUUUCUCCCCCCCCCGGAGUCCAUAGAACAAAAUUGCUGAAUAAAAAUAGAUACAACUGUGGCACAAACGACAAUCACAGAAACCAAGAACAAAAGAUGUAAACACUAGCAUUGAUGAAAGGCAUGUUACUUAAUAUGUGAAAUUAUCAUAAAAUCCAGCGAAACGCCUACACACUAUUGUUUUUUCAUGAAAAGUAUGUUAUAACAGGUAUAUGUACAUGUUGUGAAAACUGGACUACAAAUGUUUACCCCCCGGCCUUUCUUUCUGUACCCCUCCCCCCCCCCCAAAAAAACCUAAAAUCUUUCAAAAUAAAGAAUUUAAAAAUAAACACAAAAAAAAACCUAACAGUAACAUGCAGUGUGUACAAGGGUAUCACAGAGUUCCACGUAUCACAGAGCUCCACAGCAAUAAAACUCACUAUAAUGUGCACGGUAUGAGUGUAUCACAAAGCUCUACAGCAAUAAAACUCACAGUAAUGUGCAGUGGGUAUCACAGAGCUCCACAGCAAUAAAACUCACAGUAAUGUGCAGUGUGUAUGAGGGUAUCACAGAGCUCCACAGCAAUAAAACUCACAGUAAUGUGCACAGUAUGAGUGUAUCACAGAGCUCCACAGCAAUAAAACUCACAGUAAUGUGCACAGUAUGAGUGUAUCACAGAGCUCCACAGCAAUAAAACUCACAGUAAUGUGCACAAUAUGAGUGUAUCACAGAGUUCCAUCCACAGCAAUACAACUCACAGUAAUGUGCAGUGUGUACAGGGGUAUCACAGAGUUCCAUCCACAGCAAUACAACUCACAGUAAUGUGCAGUGUGUACAGGGGUAUCACAGAGUUCCAUCCACAGCAAUACAACUCACAGUAAUGUGCAGUGUGUACAGGGGUAUCACAGUGCUCCACAGUAAUAAGACUCACAGUAAUGAGCAGUGUGUGUGAGUGUAUCACAGAGCUCCACAGCAAUAAAACUCACAGUAAUAUGCAGUGUGUACAAGGGUAUCAAAGAGCUCCACAGUAUAAAAAACAACAACACUGUUUGACGGGACAGUUCUGUUUGACAGCUGCCUAUGGUUCUGAAGUAACCACAUUUUGCUCUGUUAAAACCUAUAUAAUCCUUGCCCCAGUGUUGAGCCAUUUCCUGAAUGCAGGAAUAUUGUAAUGCAAUGUUUAAGGGUUAAAAAGGGGCAAGGUAUGAUUCUAAAUAACUUAUUAUAAUCUAUUACAUCCAUUUCUAUUAAGCAUAUUAUAACAAGCAAUCUGCUAACUGUGGAAUUCAGUCACUGGUAAUUUUUGUUUCUUUUUUUAGGGUGAUCUUUGUCCCCAUUUGAAAAGCGAAUGGUGUGUUCUAGCUGUAAUCAUGGAAAAGCAGGAAAUUAGCGAUGGAGCUGGCAUCCCACAAAGAAAGAUUACUCUGGUGUCCUCACCAGUGCGUGCCGUCAUACGCAUGCGCAAAAAGAUCAGGACGUUAAAGAAUGGAUGCUUGCAGCUGGAUAUUUCUGGGAAAAGGUCCACCGACAGCCCAAAGUCAGCUUUUCGACAAACUUCUGCCGAUAAAUGUAAGUCUUCAAACUUUGAAAAGCCUACCAUUUUUAAAUUUGACUCACCCACGUUAGCAGAGGUUUCUUUAAAUCACCAGCCACGCAAGUCAAAACGCAAGAAAUCCAGGCCCGUGUUAUAUCCAGGUAAUGCCAGAAAAUACCUGCCUGUGGAACAAAAGAGCAAAGCCAAACGCUGCCUCAUACUGUUUAUAUUAAUUGUUGGAUUCCAGAUUUUAAAUGCCAUUGAGAAUUUAGAUGACAAUGUUUUAAAGUAUGACUUGGAGGGAUUGGAAAAGACAUUGAAGAGGGACGUGUUUGGCCAACAAACUGCAGUUGCAAAAAUAAUGGAUCACUUGAAGGACUACCUAGCCACACAUUAUCACAACAAGCCACUGGUGGUAUCUUUAAAUGGACCCAGUGGUGUUGGCAAGAGUCUUAUGGGUAGGUUACUGGCCAAGCACUUCCGGUCAGUCAUGGACAAUGAUUUCAUCUUACAAUACUACGUUCUGCACAACUGCCCAAAAAGCUCAGACGUUGCUUUGUGCCAAGCGGAAUUGUCUAAUCUGAUCUCCGACAUGAUCAGUCGAGCAGAAAUUGAAGAGAAGAUCCCAAUUUUUAUAUUUGAUGAAAUGGAGGCCAUGUCUCCACCUCUGCUCGAUGUCUUGCAGGGCUUUUUCCAACUGAACCAAACGAACGAGUACCUCAAUGCUGUGUAUGUACUAAUCAGCAACUUGGGAGGCAGUGAAAUCACUAACUAUGUCCUGAAAAAUGUUACAAAUAGCAUCAAUACUGUGGAGCAUGACCUUUGCCAGAUUGUAUGGUCUAUCUUGAAGGGCCAUCAUUCCAUUUGGAAAGUUGCUGAAAUUGUGCCUUUUGUGCUCUUGGAACAAAAACAUGUUAUGAGUUGUUUUCUAGAUGAACUACUCCAGGAAGGGUUCUACCCAGACAAGGAGAAAAUAAAGAACUUGGCAGAGGAGCUAAAUUAUUACACUGUAAAUGGUACAAAGUACUCUACGACAGGAUGCAAGGAGGUAGUAGGACGGGUGAAUCUUCUGCAUCCCAUUCACAGGCACAUUGACCUGAGAACAGCUUGAUCUUACCCGUGUCUAUGGAUUACUUUUCCCAGGAUACAGAACUAGAAUGGUAUGAUGUCUACACGGCUUUAGCAGAAACAUUUUGUAACUGGCCUUGUGCAGUGCUAUAAACACGAAUUGUGAGACAGAGUUUACCACGAGUAGAAAACCAAAGUGUGGGUGAAUAGGACAUUUAAAUAUAAGGAAUUCCAAAUUAUGGAGGAGGAUAACAUAUUAGAAAAUUAAAAUGUCCCUUUGUCUGCUUAGCAAAGGCAGGGACAUCUGGAGUGAUCUGUAUCUUGUAACAAGUUGAGAAUGAUCACAAGUGGUGUUGGUUCGCUGAGACCUCAGUUCUCCAGCUGAUGUUGGACAUAGGAUUAUGUGAAAUAUAGUCCAAUAACAGAGGGGAGGCAAAUAAUUGGAUACAUGGUCAGUGUAGAACCCGGUAUGGCCAGUUUAAAGCUAUUGCCUACCAUGAAAUCAUGUUAAAGAGAAUAGAACAUCGUAAAAUUAAAUUGUUGUGAAAGAGGUUUGUGUUUAAAUGUGAUUCUUUAUGGUGUAAAUGCUGAUUUGAAGAUUUAUUUAUACUUCUCAAUGUUGUGGACUUGUAGUUAUUGUGAAAAGGUUCACCAAUCCGCCAUGAUAACGCUUAUCAGCGCUACAGGGAUGCAAUGCAAUG